AUGCCGCCAUCAUUACCAUCUCUGACGCCACCACCACCAACACCACCAGUACCAGAUUUGAGAGAGAGAUCUGUGAUUGAAAAUCAAACCAAACCAAUCCCACCACCACCAUCGUCAUCGUCACCAUCUCUGCAACUAUCACCACCUUCUGCCUUUGUUCAUAACGUUAUCUAUUCUAACAGGAGAGCCAUCUUCUCCAAAUCCUAUUGCCUGUAUUCAAUACGUGCUAAGCACAUGUUCAGCGAGUUACAUGAAAAACCUUUCGUUGUGGAGCUUGAUCUUCGAGAAAUCCCUAUCAUUUGUGUAUGUCAUAAGAUCUUUGGCAAAGGGGACUUGGCAAAUGGGACUUACCUAUUACCUAAAUAGGUAGUAUUCUUGGAGUUGUAAUAUUGUUUUCAUUUCUUUAAGUAAUCUCUCUCUGGAUAAUGCAACAAAUUGAGAUAUAGUUUGAACGUUUCCUGUUUUGUUGGUUUGAAGAAGAGGCAUAUCUUCCAGUUACACCUAGAUGUUGCUGAGAAUCAUAAUGACUCAUAGUGGGUCGAUAUGGUGUUUCCUUUCUGAACAUCAAUUAUAUGGAGAGAUGAAGCAAGACAAGAUGCUAGAAGUAAGUCAGUACAUAUAGUUUCCUAAAAUGCUAAGUAUGUGUUGCAAUGAUCCAGUUGUAAUUUAGCAGAGCAACAACCCAUGUCUGUGCAAGGACAAGAUGGCUGUGAUGUUGGUAAAAAAUAACUCAAUUUGACAGAGAUACCUGCUAAAUUAGGAUGAAUACCACUCCGGUAUGCUCCUACAUGAUCUGUACACAGUUGAGCAAAAGGAGAUAGUUGAUGGGUUGAGUUUCUUUAUCUUAUAACUUGCUAAAGAAGGAUAAGUACUUCUCCUAUAUGGUCCUACAUAUUCGGAAAAAAGAGACGGUUCGAUGGAUUGAGUUUCUUUACUAGCCCUUGCAGAGUAUCGUUACAAAAAUUAUCUUUGUUUUGUUCGCUUUCCGAAAAGAAUAAUCAAUUUGAAAUAUGAAAUGCAAAUGAUGUGGAUUCACUCACUAUGUUUUUCUCUUAGAAUAUCUGCACUACAGAAAGAUGUAUUGUUAUUCUCAUUAAAAUAGGUUGUGUAAUACACUUUGGUCAUUUAAAUUUCUGGCUAACCGUCGGUAAUAUGAGUUACACUGUAAAACUCAAUUGAAAUUUGUUUCCUGCA